AUGGUCUCAACCCGCACCCAAGACGGCACGAUCAACACCAAGACCUACUCCCCGCAGACCCUCUCCCUCAACACCCUCCACUCCCCGACCUCUUCUCUGGCCUCCUCCUCCUCCCCUUCUUCCUCUUCCUUUUCUCACCCCUCCACCCACACCACCCUCCUCCCGCUCUCCCCCCUGCGCCGCCCUCUAGGCCGCCGUCUCCAGCAGCAGCAGCAGCAGCAGCAGCAGCAGCAACGCGCCAACACCAACACCAACGCCAACAGCAACGCCAACGCCGAAGCGCCGCUGUACGACGCGGCAGCAGGAGAAGAAGGAGGUCGUCAGGGCACGCAGUCCAAAAAGGCCAAGGCCAUUAACGUAUUAUUGGAAGAAGAAGAAGAAGAAGCAGAAGAAGAAGAAGAAGAAGAAGAAGAAGAAGAAGAGCAAGGACGAGGAGGCUGGCCGGACCCGGAACUGGACAUGGGACUGGACAUGUCAGCUCAGCCGUGCACGCGCGCACGCGCACCCGUCGUCCGUCGGUAG